GGAAAUUCUCUCUGUGUGAACACAAACACCGUUCGUUUAAUUUCAAACAUAAUUUAUAUUGCUUGCUUUUUAUUUUUAUUAAAGCUUCCCUCCGAAAUGACUGCCUACUACGACGUCACUCCUAGAUCUUUCAACCUCCCCAAAGUGGAGCUUCACACUCAUUUGGAUGGUGAUGUUAGAUCGGAGACUAUUUUACACUUUGCGAAGAAGAGAGGAAUUAAACUACCCGCUGAUACAGUUGAAGAGGUUAGAGAUUUGGUAACUUUCGUAAAGACACCCAAUGUUCCGCUUGACUUUAGCAAGUUCGACUUUGUUAAUGCAGCUGUUGGUGGUUGCAGAGAGGCACUCAAGAGGAUAGCCUAUGAAUUUGUUGAGACAAAGUUUAAGGAAGGUGUAAUCUACGUCGAAGCUCGCUAUAGCCCUCACCUUUUUGCUAAUUCAAAGGUGACUCCAGUUGUUUCUGGUCAAAUUCCGGGGGAUGUUACACCUGAAGAUGCUCUUGUAGCUGUGCUUGAGGGAUUUAAAGAGGGUGAAGAGAAAUUCGGAAUUAAGGUCAGGUCCAUUCUUUGCUGCAUACUUGCAUUCCCAUACUGGUGUGAUGAGGUAGUAGAACUAUGCAAGAAAUAUCGUGAUAGAGGAGUCGUAGGAAUUGAUAUUGCUGGAGGUCGCCCUCCUCAAGAAUUCUUCUUUUGCAAGGAAGAAGUUAAAGCCUUCCAGGAUGCCUUUGAACAUGGUAUUCACAGAACUGUUCAUGCUGGCGAGGUAGAUUCUGCAAAACACGUAGAAUUUGCUGUUGAUGUGCUUAAAGCUGAGAGGAUAGGUCAUGGUACCAAGAUUAUUGAAGAUAUGGAAAUUUAUAAAAAGGUCGUAGGUAAGGAUGUUCAUAUUGAAGUUUGCCCCUUCUCAAACUAUAUAAGUGAUUCUUGGGAUUAUUCCACUCCUCAUCCUGUUGUAAAGUUCAAGGAGGAUGGAGUGAACUACUCGAUAAAUUCUGAUGAUUCGUCCAUGUUCCGUAAAGGUCUAAACGGGAACUAUUCCUUCUUGGCAGAGAGGUACGGUUUUACCAUAGACGAAUUCAAGAGGACCAAUAUAAAUGCCGCAAAAGCUGCUUUUCUUCCAGAGGAUGAAAAGAAGGAACUCUUAGAUAAGCUAUAUAAGGCCUAUGGCAUCCAAUAGUUCUAUAUAACACUACCAAAUCUGGGUC